GGCGGGGCCAGGCGGAACAGGGACCGACCCGAGAGACAGAGGGGACGUUCGUGCGGCCGUGCUGCCCCUGGCUCGGUCCCAGCUUGGAGGGGUUCGGUUGGGGUGCUGCGAGGAGAGCACCCGGCGAGGCUGAAGGCUAAGCAUGGGGAAGAGCUGCAAGGUGGUCGUGUGCGGCCAGGCAUCUGUGGGCAAAACUUCAAUCCUGGAACAGCUUCUGUAUGGGAACCAUGUAGUGGGCUCUGAGAUGAUUGAGACGCAGGAAGACAUCUACGUGGGCUCCAUUGAGACAGACCGGGGAGUGCGGGAGCAGGUGCGUUUCUAUGACACCCGGGGGCUUCGAGAUGGGGCUGAGCUGCCCCGGCACUGCUUUUCCUGCACGGACGGCUACGUCUUGGUCUACAGCACGGAUAGCCGAGAGUCCUUUCAACGCGUGGAGCUGCUCAAGAAGGAGAUUGACAAAUCCAAGGACAAAAAGGAGGUCACCAUCGUGGUCCUCGGCAACAAGUGUGACCUGCAGGAGCAGCGGCGCGUGGACCCAGACGUGGCUCAGCACUGGGCCAAGUCAGAGAAGGUGAAGCUGUGGGAGGUGUCAGUUGCUGACCGCCGCUCCCUCUUGGAGCCCUUCAUCUACCUGGCCAGCAAGAUGACUCAGCCCCAGAGCAAGUCUGCCUUCCCCCUCAGCCGCAAGAACAAGGGCAGUGGCUCCUUGGAUGGCUGAAGAGCUGCCAUCCCUCAAUCACCCUCCCAACCUAGUUCCAAUUUCUGGGGCUCUGGAAGAUGGGUUGAGGGGGGAAGGGAAGUAGACAAGCUUUCCUUCCCAAGGUCAGCAGGAGAGCUUCCCGCUGGGGCAGGCAGCUGGGCUCUCCGGGCUCAGGCCACCUUUGCUCCCUCCCAACUCUGGGAAGUGCAGAUAAUCUAGGUUAGUCCUCUCCCCACCCGAGCCAGCUUUUACCAUAUCUGCCCCCCAUGGCCCAGGGCAGCUGGGGUCAGCAUCACUUCCACCUCUCCCCAAUGGAAAGCAGAGCUACCAUGCAGAAGUGCCCAGUCGAGGUCUGGGUCCUCUCACAUGGUCCCACCCCCUGGACUUCCUGCCAACAGCACAGACAUGGCACCAGCCUGGACUCAAGGGGCGUCCAGGUAUCAUGUCCAUGUGCACGGAUGUGUACACGUGCACAUGUGUACAAGCUGAUGUUAGGGGGUGUCUUGUGACACCCCAACCUUUCUCUUGUCCUUGCCUUGGCUGGAAGAAGCUAGCCUCCUACAAAGUGUAAUGUUCUGUUUCAGCUCUUUCCCCCAACUGUUGCUCUUCCUCUUUCUGCUCAGGGAGCAGAUGGGCCUCUUGGUUGAGGUUGAAUGGACAAUGAGUGACUAGGCCGGGAGUCACCAACUGGCUUUUUGACCCAGCAGGGCCUUUCCCCUCUCUGGGCUUCAAUGUUCUCAUCUGUAGGUUGCAGGAGUUGCUUAGGUUAUCUCCUAGGUCCUGCCAGCUCUAUGAUUUUAUAAUGCCCUUGGCCUUGGGCCAUCUGUGACUGUACCCCUUGCUUCUUCUUCAAGGUGCUAUGCCUACCAGCCAGGGAGGCUGGGACACUACGCUCCCUCCAGCCACCAGGGGGCAGGAGUGCACCAUUCACUCGUGCGUGCCCAGUCAACCAGACUUCACACCUACCCGCUCGACCGUUGGGGCUGGUCUUCACCCCUUCCUGUGGUUAAGUUAAUGGCUGGACUUCAGUUUAUAAAGUACCUGUAUUUAUACACCUGCUGCCAUGGUGACGGCUGGACAAGGUGCUUCUCUAGCCCUUCUUACCUCAGAUGCCUGAACAGAACAGGGCAAACCAGUAGCAGCUUCUCAGGGGCUGACAUGCCUUCUGUCUGGGCUCGUAAGGGUGGUUCCACACUCAGACGUGCUACAAAGUGAGCUUAUAACCCACGACUUCCUGUGCCCACUUCAUACUUCUAACAUGCACACCUAGCAUGGGUGACACACUAGCAAGGCAGUCUCCCAUACACGCCCCUUCUCCCCAGAAGGAGAAGCGAGCAGGGGCAGGUGGCCUUGGGCUGGGUGAGCAGGGUUGGAGAUAGAGAGGCUCAGGCUUAAAGUUCAUUUAUUGAUGCACUGGACACAAUAAAACUACAACUGCUUGUUAUCAAAAAGAUUCCCUCC